AUGAAGGCCGCGGUCUCGAUGCUCAAUUUGCCAGUUUUGGACAUUCUGUUAUGCGGUUUGGUAAACAAGCAGAUGAAAGAGAUAAUCCAGCAAUCGUGCGCUCUUCAAUACAAGUUUAAAUCCUAUCAUGAUUCACCUUUAGUGACGCCUCUAUGA